GUGUGAACAGGACUUUUGUUUUGGUACGAUUAUGUGACGUCACAAGGCUGCGCCGCGCACCUGCAUCUAUUGUGAUUCUGCUGAAGAAAGCUUAUUUGAAGGGGGGAUUCACUCUUCAUUCUACACAGAUUCACUCUUCUCUCUGGAUCUGUCAAGUGACAAUGACACUUUUUAAUGCAUAUAAUAAGACACUGAUGCUUUGAAUAGAAAGUAAAGCAGGUCAGAGUGUCCAAACACACAAAAAAACUCCUGGUGAAGCAAAGGAGAUCCUUGUGACACACUAUUAUAAAGAUGGAAUUUAUUAAAGAGGAGAGUGAAGACAUGAAAAUUGAAGAAGAAUUCAAUUUGAAACAAGAAGAAACUGAGAAACAAACAAAGAUGUCGUUUAUUAAAGAGGAGAUUGAAGACAUGAAGAUUGAAGAAACAUUCAGUGUGGAACAAGAAGAAACUGAGGAAAAAACAGACCUGACGGCAUUGAAGGAGGAGAGUCAAGAACUCAAUGAAGUGGAAAGAAAAAUCAGUUGAGAUAAAUCAAGAUUUCAUAACUGGAGAAAAAUCAAAGACUAAAAAUUUCCUCACGAAAAAGAGCCCAGAAGACCAAAUCUGAUAGUUCUAAUCUUGCACAAAAACAAAACCUUGAAAUCCACAGAUUUCACACUGGUGAGAAGCCUUACACCUGCAAACUGUGUAUGAAGAGCUUCUCACAAACAGAAAGUUUUGAGAAUCACAUCAUAAUUUGCACAGAAGAGAAGCUGUUUGAAUGUGGUCAGUGUGGAAAGAGUUUCUAAGGAAAAGCUUAAUUACCACAUGAGGAUUCACUCAAGAGAGACCUGUUUUAGAUGUGGUCAGUGUGGAAAGAGUUUCCAAUCAAAUAAAAAACUUACGUCUCACAUGAGAAUUCACACAGGAGAGAGGCCUUUCACCUGCAAACUAUGUGGAAAGAGCUUCUCACAAAAAGGAAAUAUGAAUACUCACAUGAAGAGUCACACUGGAGAGAAGCCAUUCACAUGUGUUCAGUGUGGAAGGAGUUUCACACGUAAAGGAGCCCUCAAUUCGCACAUGAGUCUUCACACUGGAGAGAGCCCUUACAACUGUAAACUGUGUGGGAAGAGUUUCACAUUAAAGGGAAAUCUUAACACUCACAUGAGAAUUCACACUGGAGAGAGGCCGUUCAUAUGUGUUCAGUGUGGAAAAGGUUUCAAAUGUAAAGAGACGCUAAAGUACCACAUGAACAUUCACUCAAGGGAGAACUCCUUUAUAUGUCAGCAGUGUGGAAGCAGUUUCACAGACAAGAAUCACCUUAAGAAACAUGUAACAACUCACACUGGAGAAAAGCCUAAUAUGUGCUAUCACUGUGGAAAGAGUUUCACAAUCAAAGCAUUGCUUAGGAAACACAUACGAGUUCACACUGGAGAGAAGCCUUUCACCUGCCCUCAGUGUGGAAAGAGUUUCAGAUUUAAAGUAAACCUUCAGACUCACAUGAGAGUUCACUCUGGAGAGAAGCCUUUCACCUGCCCUCAGUGUGUAAAGAGUUUUAGAUUUAAAGGAAACUUUAACAGUCACAUGAGGUGUCACAUGUCUUCAGUGUGAGAAGAGUUCCAGAUAUCACCAGGGAAAGAAAUUGCAGAGUGUGGCAAGAGGUUCAUGAAAUAAAGCCAUUUAAAAAAUCACCUGCACACUUUCUCAGGAAAUAGUUGUUGAAAGGGUUCAACCAAAAUUGAAAUUACUGGUUAUUACUGGUUAGUCAUUAAUUACUCACCCUCAUGUCGUUCCACACCGGUAAGACUGAAAAAAUUAAGAUAUUUUGGUAACACUUUAUUUUGAUAGUCCAUCUGUUGACACUCUACUAGUUAUCAGUACUCAUAUAGUAGCAUGUCAACAGUGCAUCAGUUGACAUUCAACAACAUUGUUUCAACAGACAAGUAACAUACAUUCAGCUAACUGUCUGUAGAUUAUAAGGCACAUUUUAAUUUCUAAUCUAUAGAUUUUACAAAAAGUACAUGCUGACUGUCUUUUUUUUUUUUUUUUUUCCUUCCACAGAUAUUUUUUAUUUUUAUUAUUUUUUUUUUUUAUUUAUUUAUUUUUUUUUAUUUGACAAGAAUGAUUCUGAGCAUUGAACACAAUAUAGAACAAUACAGCUUCACAGGACAGUCAUCUAUUCUCAACCAAAUCAAAAGGAAAAGAGCAAAGGAGGAGAAAAAAAAAAAAAAACCAGCAACAAAACAGAGAUAAAAUAAAGCAAUAAAAAUAAAAA